AUGGCAGAGAGUUUGCCUAAGACUCUACCUCCACUCAGGGGGAUAGAUCAUGAGAUAGAACUUCUACCCGGGGCGAGACCCCCUGCAAAGAAUGCGUAUCACACGGGGCCGCCAGAAUUGGCAGAAUUGGUAGAGUUCUUGGACGCUGGAACCUACUAUUUAUUUGGAAGAAAGCCUACCUUCCUUGAGGGAUUCUCUUCAAGAACAGGGCCCUUAACGGAGUUGUUGAAGAAAGACCAUAAGUGGGAAUUGGACCCCAGAAUCUCAGGCUGCCUUCGGGGAUCUGAAGAAGGCCAUGAUGGAAGGGCCGGUUCUCGGAAUUGCCGAUGUAAGCAAAGCAAGUGGAAACCGACGCAUCUGAUUUUGGCCUUAGUCCUCCAAGACGGCCAUCCCAUUGCCUAUGAGAGCAGGAAACUGAAGGAUGCGGAGAGGAGAAGCCGGAGAGAAAGAAAUGCUUGCAGUGGUACACUGUCUGAGAGCCUGGAGACAAGAUUUCUUGGGAUCCCAGUUCGUAGUCAGACGGACAAUAGAAAGAUAUGCCACUUUUUCAGUCAACCCAAAUUGACCUCUAAACAAGCUCGUUGGCAAGAAUGCUUGGCCGAAUUUGAUUUUCAGAAGACAGGCCAG